CUCCGCACCAAACUCGCUGUAUAAAAGAGCCGAUCGUGCAGCAGAAGCAUCAGAUUUGCCGGAUUUACCUGUGCACGUACACCUCUUCAUACAGACAUGUCAGGGAAAGUGACCGUGUUGUGCGCGCUGCUGGUCGCGCUGCUGGUCCCCAGCGCGGCCUCCUCACCUGGAGAGGCUGCGGAGACGGACGCGCUGCAGCGGCUCCUGGCCAAGAGGGAAAAAGUGAGAGUCCUGAGCGGCGUGCACGAUCCGGCGCCUCGGGCGGAGCGACGGGCACACCUGUCGGAGGAUGAACGCGAGAUUAUGACCAAACAAAUAAUGCAAGCCAUUUCAGAGAUGAUGAACUCGGAGUGCCUGUCGGAUCGGGACUACCAGGGCUGGGUGGACUUCGGACGCCGGGACGCAAAGUGAGCCACAACAAGGCCAACAGCGACCCGAGAGCGCAGGC